UGUUGCCCAGAAGUUGAGACUUUCUCACCGGCCGAGCCGGAGCGCGCCCUGCCUGCCCCCGGAGCCAGGGCCACCGCGCCCUGGGCACUCCGGACCCCGCCGCCCUCCCCGAGUCCCGGAAACCCCGCGCAGCCCCCCUGCUCGCUGUCCUUCUCUAGCCCCCAGUGGUCGCACCUCGGGAGGCCUCUUUCCUCAGUUUCCCCUUCGGGCUCCGACAGCCGCCGGGAAGUCUCAGCUUUCUCCCGCAGGGGAUCCCGAGUCCUACGGGGCUUAGACCCUCUUCUCUUCCCCGAGGCCGGGGCCGCCGCCGCGUGUGCCGCCUCCCCCAUGCCGCCCUCGGGGCUGCGGGCGGCGGCUGCCCUGGUGCCGCUGCUGGCCCUCCUGCUGGCUCCGCCGCGGCCGGCUGCAGCCAUGUCCACCUGCAAGACCUUGGACAUGGAGCUGGUGAAGCGGCGGCGCAUCGAGGCCAUCCGCGGGCAGAUCUUGUCCAAGCUGCGGCUGGACAGUCCGCCCUCCCAGGGCGAUGUGCCGCCGGGCCCGCUGCCCGACGCCGUACUCGCCCUCUACAACAGUACCCGGGACCGCGUGGUGCCCGAGCCGGUGCCCGAGGCCGAGACCGAUUACUACGCCAAGGAGGUCACCCGCGUCCUCAUGCUGCCCCAGAAUCCGGAGGUCGAGAAGAGCCCCCACAGCCUCUACUUCCACUUCAACACCAGCCAGCUGCAGGAAGCGGUCCCCAACCCGGCUCUGCUGUCCAGAGCCGAGCUGCGGCUCAUGAAGAUCAAGUCCGCCGAGGAGCAGCAUGUGGAGCUCUAUCAGAAACACGGCAACGGCUCCUGGCGCUACCUGACGAGCCAGCGAGUGCGGCCGAGCCAGACCAUGGAGUGGCUGUCCUUUGAUGUGACCAGCGUGGUGCACGAGUGGUUGAGCAGCAAAGAGAAGACGGAGACCUUCCGCCUGAGCGCCCACUGCUCCUGCGACCAGAAAGACACGCAGCUGCACAUGGACGUUAGCG